AUGGCCCUCCCUGUAUUGAAAUCAGCUGCAAAAUCAGCUGGAAAGACAAUUUUGAAAACAGGUGCGGAAUUUGCUGGGGAUAUCCUUGCUGGAAAAAGUGUAAAGGAUGCUGCAAAGCAAAGGGCAUUGCAGGCUGGAAAAACAAUGGGGAGAGAUUUCCUCUCAGCUGCAGCAGGGACAUUUUCAGGAACUCGUCGAAAGUCGGCUCAUAAAAAGCGUAAACACAGUGAUCCGCCACCCAUUCGGCGACCUGUUAAGCGACGAAGAACAUCGAAAAAGAGGCACUCUGACGUAUUUGAUUACGCGUACAAAAUGAUACACAUAGGCUCAUGUGAGUGCACCAAAAGUGAGUUGGAGUUAUUCUCAGUACCACCCACUUUAACAAGCAUGGAAAAAAGUCAGGUAGUUGAGUAUUUACCAUUAGGCGCCCUUUCCGAUGACAACCCCCUGGAAUUUGUUGUUCCAGGUGAUGAGAACUACGUUGAUUUAAGCAAAUUGCUACUUUAUACUGAACAAAAAAUCACCAAAGCUGAUGGCUCUGAUCUUGAUGCAGGUACCAAAGUGGGGCCAAUCAAUUAUCUGCUUCACAGUCAAUUCAGCCAGGUUGACCUAUCAUUAAAUGGGGAACUGGUUACAUCAUCAAACAGUACUUAUCCUUUUCUUAGUUACAUCCAGGCCCUUCUUUCUUUUGACGAAGGGGCUAAGAAGUCCCACCUUCAAUCAUCCCUCAGGUAUGCUGAUGAGGCAGGUAAAUUCGACCACGUUGAUCCAGGUCAGGCUCAAGUAAAUAAUGGGUUCAAAAGAAGAUCGGCAUUUGCAGCCGAGAGUAAGGUAUUUGACAUGAUAGGUAGACCACAUCUUGACCUCUGUCAUCAGAACAGAUAUCUCCCUAAUGGUGUGGACAUGAAUUUCAGAUUCAAUAGGGCCAAAAAAUCAUUUUCUCUCAUGUCUGAUGAUGGCACUCAACUUCUUAAAAUCACAAAGGCGCUGCUGUUGGUGAGAAAGGUAAAGCUUAAUCCUGCUGUGUUCGAUGCACAUGCCAAAGCUUUCAACUCUCAAACUGCCAAAUAUCCUAUACGCAGAACAGAGCUGAAAACGUUCACAAUUUUAGAUGGAGGUCGAAAUGUUCAAAGAGAUAAUGUUUUUCUUGGACAGCUGCCACGUAGAGUCAUCAUCGCUCUAGUCGAUAAUGAGGCCUUUGUGGGUGCAGGAAAGAAAUAUCCGUUCUAUUUCGAACACAAAAAUAUGAGUUCUAUCUCAUUGGAGGCAAAUGGACAGUCAUUUCCUGCCCAGCCCCUAAAAACAAGCUUUGCAAACAAUCAGACCAAUUAUGUUCGAGCAUACCUUACCCUCUUCUCUGAAGUUGGGAAAUUCUUUGAUGAUUCUGGGAAUGAUAUAACAAGAGAGGCAUAUAAAAAGGGCUUUGCCCUUUUGGCAUUUGAUUUGACACCUGACCAGGAAGAGGGAGCCCAUUUAAAUCUCGUCAAGGAGGGAAACCUCAGACUUGACAUGACAUUUUCUGAGGCCCUAGAUGUAAACAUUUCUGUCCUUGUUUAUGGUGAAUUUGACAAUGUUUUAGAGAUUGACAGGGCCAGAAAUAUCAUAAAAGAUUUUAAAUGA